AUGAAUUGGCCUAGUGACUGCUGGGUGCGACCGGUGCUGACGGAAAAUACGGACGAACCGGAAUCUGACUAUAAUAUUGACGCCAUCGGCGAACUGGUUCGCGGUCCCAAAGCCGGGCUAACCCUACCUGAGGGUCAAGCAGGGGAGGAGGAGGAAGAAGAGGAGGACUACUUCCCCGAGGACGAAGAAGAAGAGGAAUCGGCCAGCCUCGAGGACGAGGACAACCGCAGUGCUGGUGAUGGUGAGGGCAAC